UUGGCCCGCUUGGCCAGGUGUAGACAUCCCCAAAGAUAAUCCAUACCCAGGCCGGUGCGCGUCUCCAUUUCCACCUCCUGGUCCCUAAUCGAAAGUUUGGGGGCCCGCCGCUAACGAACUGACCCUUUCCUGGACCCUCAGCUGCAGGCCAGCCGGGCUGCGCCUCCGUGCGCUUGUGACCGAGGCUAGCACGGGCCUGGUCCCCCCCUCCCCCGCCUCACUAAGACCGUACCCCUUGGGAAAAGGCGCAGGCGCCUCACGCCGCCUGAUCUGUACCUUUCUCUUUAGCCGAUUUUGCACCCCACCCCGCGUUUGGUUCCGAGCCUCCCAGCAGGGUGGGCAUACACUGGUGGAAGUCUAGAGCCCGGCUCCUGCAGGGGUUGGCUCUUAGUGGCGGCAGCCCUGUUCCUACCCAGAUGGCUCGCGGGGCCGAGCCCCCCGAUGGGGGCUGGGGAUGGAUGGUGGUGCUCUCAGCCUUCUUCCAGUCGGCACUGGUGUUCGGGGUGCUUCGCUCCUUCGGAGUCUUCUUCGUGGAGUUUGUGGCGGCGUUUGAGGAGCAGGCAGCGCGCGUCUCCUGGAUCGCCUCCAUUGGAAUCGCGGUGCAGCAGUUUGGUAGCCCCAUAGGCAGUGCCCUGAGCACGAAGUUCGGGCCCAGGCCUGUGGUGAUGACCGGGGGCAUCUUGGCCUCGCUGGGUAUGCUGCUCGCUUCAUUUGCUACCUCCUUGACCCACCUAUACCUGAGUAUUGGACUGCUCUCAGGCUCUGGCUGGGCCUUGACCUUCACUCCGACCCUGGCCUGCCUGUCCCGUUACUUCUCUCGCCGUCGAUCCCUGGCCACAGGGCUGGCACUGACAGGAGUGGGCCUCUCCUCUUUUGCAUUUGCCCCCCUCUUCCAGUGGUUACUCAACUACUAUGCCUGGCGGGGGGCUCUACUGCUCGUAUCUGCCCUCUCCCUCCACCUGGUGGCAUGUGGUGCUCUCCUCCGCCCACUAUCCCUGACUGAGGACACAGUUAUGGGUGGCCCUGCAGCCCAACUCACCUCCCUCCUCCAUCAUGGCCCCUUCCUCCGUUACACUGUUGCCCUAACCCUGAUCAACACUGGCUACUUCAUACCCUAUAUCCACCUGGUGGCCCAUCUCCAAGACCUGGAUUGGGACCCACUACCUGCUGCCUUUCUACUCUCUGUGGCUGCUAUUUCUGACCUUGUAGGGCGUGUGGUCUCUGGGUGGCUGGGAGAUGCAGUCCCAGGGCCUGUGACACGGCUUCUGAUGCUUUGGACCACCCUGACUGGGGUAUCACUGACCCUGUUCCCUGUGGCUCAGGCUCCCACAGCCCUGGUGGUUCUGGCUGUGGCCUAUGGCUUCACAUCAGGAGCCCUGACCCCAGUGGCCUUCUCCGUGCUGCCUGAACUGGUGGGGACUGGAAGGAUUUACUGUGGCCUAGGACUGGUGCAGAUGGUAGAGAGCAUCGGGGGGCUACUGGGGGCUCCUCUGUCAGGCUACCUCCGAGAUGUGACAGGCAACUACACAGCUUCUUUUGUGGUGGCUGGGACCUUCCUUCUUGCAGGGAGUGCAGUUCUAAUCACUCUGCCCCACUUCUUCUCCUGCUUUUCAACUCCGACUACCAGGCCUCAGGACCUUGUAAUAGAGGCAGUGGAUACCAAAAUCCCCCUGCCCACAAAGGAGGGGCUCGGAGAGGACUGAAUUCCACUAAGAGAUAGUCGCCAAAAGCCAGAUCUUGACAGCUCCAGAUUUUCUCCUACCCAAAGGAGGCAUCCACAGAACCACAGUGCCUUAAGAUUCUUGAUCUUUCUCGCCCCAGAGCAGUCCUGGGACUGCUGUGUGUGCCAACCCUUGGUAUUUUGCUGAGGACUCACAUUUCUUCUCAUUUGCUCUCCCAACCUUUUCUGAAGGAUCCAGAGAUCCUACUCCAUUAAGCUGUGAAUCAACUGAAAAUCAAAGACCAAGAGACUUCUCAUGUUUUACAUGUGAACUCUAGUGUCCUCCUAAGUGUCCUCUCUGAAGACAGAUGUUUGAGAAGCAAAGGUGUCUGUUUGAGAUAAAACUGAAUAAGGAAACCGGACAAUAAUUGUAACCUCAAAAAGAACCAGGGCCCAUGUGUGGGUUGGCUUAUGAAAUCAGGGCAGGGGAGGGGAGGUGUCCAGGAGCUGUGAUGAUCCUGAGUUCCUUCCUCCUGUCCACUUACCUACCUCUUCCCCACCUGGGGCUUAGAAAUUAAGGGAAUGGUGAAAUCACAGAGUGUAUGUGUGUGGGAGGGUAACUUGUUUAGGAGGGGGAAAAAAGGCUGAUAGAGCUGAAGUUUGGACCUAGGAUUCUCAUAUUUUCCAGGAAAAUAAAAGGAGAUUGAAAUGCUGGAA